CACCGAGAAGCACCGGCCUCCAAGCGGUCUAGAGCGACCCCUGAAAGGCUGGGGCGGCCCUGCGAGCGAGGGUGUCCGGGACGGGAAGGCCGACUGGCCCGCCCCUCCGCUCGGUGAUGGUCAUUGUCCUCCAGAACAGGCAUGGAGGAAAUUUCGGCCCAGGAAGCAGCAGGAUCAUCAGGGGCCCAGUUUCAGUCUUUGGAGACCCAGUCUGAGGAUCUGUCCCCAGAGCCUCAAUUCGUGCAGGACACCGACAUGGAACAGGGACUCACUGGGGCUCCACCUGUUCCCCAGGUGCCUGCUCUUCCCCACGAGGGAAGCCCAGGAGACCAGGCAGCUGCGCUCCUGACAGCCAGGUACCAGGAGUUUGUGACAUUCGAGGAUGUGGCUGUGCACCUUACUCGAGAGGAAUGGGGAUGCCUGGACCCUGUUCAGAGGGAUCUCUACAGAGAAGUGAUGUUAGAGAAUUAUGGGAACGUGGUCUCACUGGGCAUACUUCUCCGCCUUCCCACCUCCCGGAUUCAUAGUGUGAAUUCCUGCCCGGCCCUGAGUCAUACCCAGGCAAGUGCUUUCUCUGGAGAAACACUUGCAGUCCUUUCAGCAGGAAUCUCCAAGAGAUGGCCCAAGUAUCGGCUUCCCAUCGAUAUUGCUCGUCCCUGCUCGGAAACUCCUUUUCCACGAUUGUAAGAUUUUACACUUGAUUGAUGGAAUAGAUGCUCAGGAUGCCACCACUGUGUAAAAUUGCAGCUCCUCAAAUGACCUUUGUUAAAUUUCUAAAGGGCCAAGGAAACCCUCCAUUGCAACCAGAUGCACUUUGAACCUUGAGUUCUGAGUUCAUUCAGAAGCCAUGGUUGGUAGUCACCUACCUGUGUUCUGAGAAACCACCAAGUUCAACUCCAGCUCUUCAGUUAUGAUCUUUUCAUGUUAUUUUAGAAUGUGAAACAUAUGCUGUGCGCCACUCCUUUUCUAUAGUGAACAUGACCUGCCCCUUGUGUUGCCUACUUCUCCUGUGACCCCUGGGCUUUCCUCAUAUUUAACAUUCUAGUCUUCUUCUGAGUCCCUGUGGCCCCCUCCAAGGUCCUACUUUCAUCCCCUUUAUUCUUUGUGGUGCUAUACAGAUUGAUGCAUUUAUAUGACCUUUCCUGAUCAAGUUUUCGUUAGCUCUGUCCUUGAUGGAGGGGAAAUGGGAGGGCAAAAGAGUUUAAUUUCUUUAUUUCAGGGUAUCAAAUUGAAUGUAUAUUUAACAACUUUGUAAACUGUAAAGUGAUGUGUAAUUGUAAACUACUGUUAAUUUUAUCUAAUAAUUACAUAAUUUCCAACAGUUAUCCUGUCUACUUUUUGGAGUAAAGAAACUUCUUAGCAGUUUAAUCAGCCUAAUAGCACAGCAUGCUAUUAGACUGAAUUUUAUCCCAUUUCCUCUGUCAUCUCUGUACACACAAAGGACACACAUGCACACUCACACCUACCAGGCACAGGUGCAUACAAGAAAUCCUCCUACUCGACUUGCUUUUGUGACCAAGUCAGCAGCGUCUUCUUAGUAAUUAUUUUUUACAGCCCUUAGAAAGUCAUUUUCACAUUUGCGUGUUCAGCAAACUCCCGCUGAAAUUUAAGUUUCUACACUUAAUUAACUUAGCUUAAUGUUUAGUGUUGUAAAAUAAGGACUUUAUAGUUCAGUCUCUGACUUAGCAGCCCCACUUUCCAAUUACAUCUUUUUCUCAUGGCAGUAGCUCUGAGUUGUAUUUGUCACAGAUAUCAGAACUUUGGUCCUCUGGUUAAGUGCUUCCACUGUAUAGUAGUAAAUGCGCAGAAUAUGAACAGCUGAGUAAAAGAGUAAAAAAGUACAUAAAAAAUCAUAAUUUUCAUUACCCCAUCUAAAAGAAGCAUAUUCUAUUGACAAUGAGUGAAUUACUGGCUUGAGGGUUAUACCCAAAGGGAAGUUAUCUGUGACGGUGCUGGAGAUUGAGACCAGGAAAGAGGCCUGGAUUACAUUUCACAUGGGGCAGUGUGGCAGGUGCCCUAUUAGAUGACAGCAUUAGAAACAUGCUUAUCAAAAUUCUAGUUGGUGAUAAGUGAGUUGAUAAAUCAGGAGUGUUUGGUACAUAUCUCUUGCUUUUUGAAGUUGAUGUCAUGAGGACAAAAGUGAUUUUCUAUAGAAUGUCUUUUGCUGCCACAGCUAAUUACUAUUUAUUGAGCAGCCAAUAUGUUACUAGGUACUAUAUGUAUCUCAUUUAAUCCUUACCAUAACCUGGUGAGCAGGUAUUAUUCUAUUUUAUACCUGAGGAAACUGAGGCUCAGAGAAGUUAAGUGAUCCACUCAGAAUUAGAGGUAGGCUUGGGAAUCAGAAGCCCAGGAUCUUUUUCACUACUUUAUGCCUUAGGACAAUUAGUCUAACCGCCUAUGUUGUUUUUUUUUACAUUUUUAUGGCUCUGUACUCUGAUGACAAUUAAAAAUAGCCACGAUAAAUUGGACAGACAGGCAUAAGGUUGUACAGUUUUGGAGCAGAAAGGACAUGCAUUCAAGACGAAGUAAAAUUGUCUAGGGAUACAGUCCGUUGUAAUAGGUAUCUACACAAGGAUGAUAUUGCUAAGGAGAGAUUUUAUCUGUUUAUUUAUUAAGGACCAGGAAAAAAGGCAUGAUGCUUCUAGGUGGCUAAAAUCUUAGCACAACUUUGGUAUAGGCAACAAACCAAAUAAUGAGGUAAAUUUUAAAUGUUAUUUCUAAACACCAGAUGAAGUUAAAAAAUAAAUGUAGUUAGAAAACUAUCAAGGUUUAAAUAAAAUUAAAAGGUUUUAAUAAAAAAUUAAGUAAUUUUGGAUAGGAAAAAUUUAAAGCAAAUGCAUAUUUUGAAAACAGAGUUUUGGCUUAAAUUUAGGAAAAAGGCAUUCAGGCCAAAGGCAAGAAAACCUGCCUUAAUGCUUUCUGUGACCCUUAGUGUGAUAGACUGGAAAGAAUAUAAACUGUGGAGUCAGACUUGGGUUCCACUUACCAGCUGUGAUACAUUGAGCAAAUUAUUUCAACUGACACUCAUUUUCUUCAUCUAUAAAACGUGAAAAAUAAUGUUUACCUUCUGGGUAGUGCCAAGGAUUAAAUUAGAUUAUGUAUAUAAGUACCUGGCUUGUGGUACUCACUUAAAUAUUUCUUUGGAAAGGACAGAAAGUGAUAUGAGCUAUAGACCAGAUUUUUUAAUACAAACAAAUUUCAGGAGAGUGUUCAAAUUAUUUCUUUAUAGUGGGAUAUUCCUCAAAUUGAAUAUUGCUCAGACCAUUGCCUAGGGGUUUGGAUCUUUAUUAUAGAGAGAUUUUUCAUUUCUUUGACACUAAGUGAUCUUUAGAUCCUUUCUAAUUAAAACAUCCAUGACUCCAAAUCUGUUGGAUCCUGGCUGUCCAUGUAUUGUUGAUUCUAAUCACUAUUUCUCUGUUUCUCUGUUCUUCUUAUUUUUACCUUUUACUCCAUUGUCAAAAUGUUGGUCUUCUGUUCUCUUUCGGUACCUAUUUUGGAGGAAGGGAUGGAUUUCAUUCACAAUCAUUAUUUUUUACUAGUAGAUUAUUUAAAAGCCAGGUAAACUAGGUUCUGAAAUAGGACUAUCUGGGUUUGAGCCCUAGCUUCAUCAGUUAUUAUGACCUUGGGCAAGUUACUUAAACUCUCUGAAUCUUAGUUUUCCCGUCUGUAAAAUGGGUACAAUAAUAAUUCCUACCUCAUAAAGUUAUGGUGAAUAUUGAGUGAAAGCUUGUAAAGCUCUUGGCGUGGUACUUUGUACCUACCAAAUGCUUAGUAAACCUUAGCUUAAUAUUUUGAUACUGAUGAUACAAGUGGCUUUAAGUCUAUAUCUGGAAUUCUGUUCUCUUUUCUAAACUGCAGUCUUGUAUCUCUAACUGUCUGCUAGGCUUUUUCUCUUAUACCUUCCUACAUUACCUUAAACACAAGUCUAAAAUCAAACCCAGCAUCCCACAUGAAGAUGAUCUUUUUUGUUGUGCCUGUGUGAUUUAAGUAUAGAUACAGAGUAAAUAACCAAAAUUUGUUUCAAUUAUCAAAUACUUAGAAACACUUUAAUAAAUAUCUCAAGGUUGAAAGUUGCAAAUUAUGUCACCAGAAUUCUGAGCAGAGUAGUUGCUGCUUCAUGCCACGUUAACUUUUUUUUAAACUUGCAAGACUAUUUCAUUUGACAUGAAGAACCUUAACUAAGUAAGUGUCCAAAAGGAGAAUUGACUGUUAAUGCCCAGCAGGAAUUCAGAAACACAGUAAAUGCCUUUCUUAUGUCUGUUCUGAUCUCCGUGCUUAUAGACUCACACGGAAUCCCAAGAGGGAUUAUGUUGGUUUAUCAUGUUUUCCAGGCCCAAUGCCCUUUUAAAAACAUUGGUUAUCUGUUAUAUGUUGAUACUUGGGUGCAAAAUUGGCACUCAAUGAAUAGCUCUGAAGUAAAUGAAUCAAAAGAACUGCAAGAUACAAGAUACAUGGUCCCUACUAGCAAAGAGUUUAUACAUCAAGUAGGGAUGAUAGUACCUGAAACCAAUUAAAAGAAAUCUAUAAACUUCAUUAUGUAGUGACAUGUCAGGAUAAGAGGAACAAAUAAUAUUGUAGACAUUCAGUUAGUAGAGAGAAAGGCCUUUGGAGAUGAGGGGCUUGAGCUAGACCUUGUCUGUGUACUGGAAGCUUGCUGAACACAUAUAAAAACUGCCCCUCUGAUACUAUAAUAGUUCUGCCCCCUCAGAAGCAGACUACCUCUUGCUUUUGUUUUGAAAGAGUUUAGAUCCUAGCAGUCCAUUAUGCAAGCCAGAGAAAGACCAUUUUAUGUGAAGAUGCUCUUUCCUCACUAUAUCAUUAUGGUGGUUUAUAUCUGUCUCUGCAGUUAGAAUGUAAGGUCCUUGAGGGGAUGGACAUUAUCUGCUUGGGCUCUUUGUUCCCUACCUGCUUUGCAUAUAGGAGGCACCCCAUAAAUGUUUGUUGAAUAAACAAGAGUAUAAACUCCUAAUGAGUAAGGAUGUGUCAUAUUAUUCUUUGUUUCCUCAUGUGCACUGAAAUGAAUUGUUUCUUGAGAUUGGUCCUUGGAAAAUUUUUUCGUCCUCACUGAUUCUGUUGCUACAGUUUAGCUCACUAUACAACAGGUGCUUUGAGUAUUCACCUUUCUCCAGUCUAGCAAAGUUAUAUUUUGAUGACCUCCAUUUUGACCAGGUCUUGUAGACCAUGUCUAAUAUAAGGAUUGAUCUAUAGGCAACAGAUGAAGAGUGAUAAUGAUAAUUCCCAUGAAGACAGGUACACACCCAUGCACAAAUUCCCUUGUCUGAGUAAUGUUUAAAUGAAUAGUUCUGCUCCCAAAAGUCAUCAACUUGCCCCUUAACACACCUCUUUCUGGAGCACAAAUAUGAGCUCCUUGCAGAGAAUCUUUGCCCUUCUCACUCUCCAGGCCUUCCUAUUGUCUUCUAAGAAAUUACUUUCUCUCUCCAUUAACCAUUAGUUAAGAGAAAAAGUGGCUAUUGUGGUAUCUGGGGAUAAAUUGCCACAUCCCAUUUCCUUCUCUAU